UACUAGCCGUUCCUCCUGUGCGCGUGGCGGCGCCCACGCUCUCUUUAUCGAGGCGCGAGCAGCUCAUUGAAUAUCCGUUUAGGGCACCGCAUUUUGUUAGCCCGUGAAGAUGCCGAAGUUUUACUGUGACUACUGCGACACAUACUUAACGCACGACUCGCCAUCUGUAAGAAAAACUCACUGUAGUGGACGCAAACACAAAGAAAAUGUAAAAGAUUAUUAUCAGAAAUGGAUGGAGGAGCAGGCACAGAGCUUGAUAGACAAAACAACUGCUGCUUUCCAGCAGGGAAAAAUUCCACCCACACCAUUCCCAGGCGCUGGUCCUCCAGGUGGAUCCCUGCUCCCUCAUCCCACUAUCAGUGGACCGCCUAGGCCAGGCAUGUUACCAGCUCCUCCCAUGGGUGGCCCUCCAAUGAUGCCCAUGAUGGGUCCUCCUCCACAUGGCAUGAUGCCUGGUGGUCCAGGCCCCGGUAUGCGGCCCCCUAUGGGUGGGCAUAUGCAAAUGAUGCCAGGCCCCCACAUGAUGCGACCACCUGCUCGGCCAAUGAUGCUCCCUGUUAGACCUGGCAUGGCACGACCAGAUCGAUAGAAAGAACUGUUGUGCCAUAAUUACCCUCCUCUUCUAAACAGAGACUCCGCCAACUGCAUACAUCGGCUUUUCCAUUGGUUUCAAUGGUUUUAGCUACUUUCAUUUAACGGGACUUGUAUUCUCUUUAACUUGGAUGUCCAUCUUUUUCUCCAGGCCAAUUGUUCAUAUUUGUUAAUUAAGAUACAAUAUAUGAUCCCUCCAAGCUGGAUAAGUUUUAGUGUUGGAACUUUUUUGUUUUAUUUAGGACAAAUUUCACAAUAAAAUUUAAAAACCUCA